UUUUGACGCAGCUGCUAUUCAGGAGAAGUCGCCAUUUACGCGCUGGGCUGAGAGGAAGAGUGAGAGUGUGUGAGUGAGCUGCUCUGAGAGCGAGGGGACUUUUCACUGAAACUGCUCAGUGUUGAGUAAGCAUCUCUGAAUUUUCUUCAGUUCACUUGACUGGAAAAAUGUACACUUGUGUGAAGCCAACUCCUUUGACUUUCCUUGAAAAGGCAAAAUGGGUGGAUGACAUUAACAAGGAUACAGAGCUGGGAGCAGAUGAAUGUCAUAAAGACUUUUGCAGACUGAAACCAGGUGGAAAAUAUUUACAACUGGUAGCAGACAAAGUGGAUCUUCACAGAGGAAAAACUGUGAAAUUGCAAACGAACGUUCCCCUUACAAUUGGAGGCCUGGAUGAUACAAUUUAUUGGGGAAGGCUUGAUUUGCUUAAGUGUUGGCAGGAUCUCUACCUUCCCCAAAGAAUGGAUAUGGUGGUUCUGGGUGUGAUUGAAAGUUAUCCGUGCCUGGCACCAGGGCUUCAGCUUGUCAUUCUCGCUGGAAAUGAUGGUUCAGUAUUUGCCUAUGAAGAAGAGAUGUUGCACAAAAUUGCUAAUAAUUUGGAAGAGCUCUUCUGUGCAGGUCCAGUGUUUCCUGGAACUGAAAUCUAUGAAUAUGGCAGAGGUUUCAGACCAAAGAAUAACAAAGAAUAUAUGGCAGCCCUCAAAGAAGCUGGGUUGGAAAAGAUCUCCCAAGAUACGAGGAACUUCAUUAGCAGAAAUGCAACUGAAAUGAAGAAGCUGAUUGAUGACUUGGAUUUCUUGUAGUAUUUUGGGUCUCAGUCGGUGAGUGGAACAGUGUUACUUAUCACAGCCAGGUUUGUGCAUACUGUUUGGCACCUCAGAACGUUGGAACCAGUAAAUAUCUUUGACACACUGCCCAGUUUAUGCACAGUAGCACUUUGUUUUGAAGUUGGUGUGACCGUGUCCUUGAGCUUCUCAACAUCGUAAGGAUAACUUUUCAUGGCUCAAUGACAGAUUAAGACUGUGCGCUGCAACAUCUCGUUUGAAAGACUGUAUGCCUGUGACAGCAGCAUUCUGUUAAUGUUUUGUGACUUGAAUGGGAGUGCUGUUUGUAGGAUCUCUUAUUUUUACUUACAUUGUAACUGAAAACGACUAAUAUUUUGUAACUGUGUACACCUUUUUAGUAAUAAGGUGGAUCUUAAAUGAAGUUUUCUAGACUCAACAUUAGAAACCUUCUCUUCAUGGAUGCUAUCUGACCUGCUGUGAUCUCCUUGUUUUCAGUACAGAUUCCUGCAUCUGCAAUAAUAUGCUCCUACAAGCUCCUUGCUUAAAUUUUCCCUUCAGAUAUGUUGCGCUAAGGUUUGAUAUGACCUAAAUCAGGCUAGAAGUAAUAUUCACUGUUUAUGUACUGGCACUUUCCUUGGAGUCCUGAUGUAUCUUUGUAUAAUACAAGUUUUUUUCAUGAAUUUUUAUUCACUUUUUCCAAAUGCUUCCAUGAGAAAUAAAAUUAAAAUGAAUCUGAUAGAUGUUUUGCAUUCAGGCCAAAGUUAUUUCAUGUGCAAACACCAGUUAAGAUGCUGAGGGCUUGCUAUUUCUGCUUUCUGUCAAAUAGUUUCCAUGUUAGAUCAGUUCUCUUUGGAGUGAAACUGACACAAUAAACAAGAUCACCUAG